UUCUUCAGACUCUAGUUUUGAUAAGAAUAUGGAAAUAAUGGAGAAACAUGCCAAUGGCAGGCAUUUUACAAGGCAAUUGGCCAGACAACAGGCUGAUAAAAAAAAAGGAGAGUGCAAAGAAGACAAAGUAAUUCCAGUUACCCAGUCACUGAGGAACAGAAACAUCAUUCAGACUUCAGAACACCUACGGGAGGAGAAAGGGGAUGUUGAAGUUCGCCGCAGUUGCAGGAUUAGAAGUCGUUACAGUACUGUGAACCAGUCCGUGCUGUUUGAUAAACUUAUAACAAACACUGCUGAAGCUGUACUUCAGAAAAUGGAUGACAUGAAGAAGAUGCGCAGACAGCGAAUGAGAGAGCUUGAAGACCUGGGGGUCUUUAACGAAACUGAAGAAGAGAACCUUAAUAUGUACACAAGAGGGAAACAAAAACGAAUCCAAAGGACUGAUGAAGAAAUAACCGAUAAUCAAGAAGGCAGCAUGGAAUCUUCUGAAGAGGGUGAAGACCAAGAAGAUGAAGAUGAUGGUGAAGAUGAUGAUGAUGGUGAAGAUGAUGAAGAAGAAGAAGAUGAUGAAGAGGAUGGAGAAGAAGAUAAUCAGAAACGAUAUUACCUCAGACAGAGAAAAACUACUGUUUACUACCAAGCUCCAUUGGAAAAACCUCGUCAUCAAAGAAAGCCCAACAUAUUUUAUAGUGGCCCUGCUUCUCCUGCAAGACCAAGAUAUCGACUGUCUUCUACGGGACCCAGAAGUCCUUAUUGUAAACGCACCAACAGACGAAGGCAUGCAAUCCACAGUAGUGACUCGACUUCCUCUUCCUCUUCUGAUGAUGAGCAGCACUUCGAGAGGCGCAGGAAAAGGAGCCGUAACAGAGCCAUCAGCAGUAGGUGCCUUCCACUCAAUUUUCGGAAAGAGGAAUUGAAAGGAAUUUAUAAAGAUCGAAUGAAAAUUGGAGCAAGCCUUGCUGAUGUCGAUCCAAUGCAACUAGAUUCUUCAGUACGGUUUGAUACUGUGGGUGGCCUGUCUAAUCAUAUUGCAGCUCUCAAAGAGAUGGUGGUUUUUCCAUUACUUUAUCCGGAAGUCUUUGAAAAAUUCAAAAUUCAACCUCCAAGAGGUUGUUUGUUUUAUGGUCCUCCUGGAACUGGGAAAACUCUGGUUGCUAGAGCACUUGCCAAUGAAUGCAGCCAGGGGAGUAAGAGAGUGGCAUUUUUCAUGAGGAAAGGGGCUGACUGUCUGAGCAAAUGGGUAGGGGAAUCCGAAAGACAGCUCCGCUUGCUGUUUGACCAGGCCUAUCAGAUGCGCCCAUCCAUUAUUUUCUUUGAUGAAAUUGAUGGCCUGGCUCCAGUACGAUCCAGCAGGCAAGAUCAAAUUCACAGCUCUAUUGUCUCCACAUUGCUGGCUCUGAUGGAUGGACUGGACAGCAGGGGAGAAAUUGUGGUCAUUGGUGCUACCAACAGACUAGAUUCUAUAGACCCUGCUUUACGAAGGCCUGGUCGCUUUGACAGAGAGUUCCUUUUUAGCCUACCUGAUAAAGACGCUCGAAAAGAAAUUCUAAAAAUUCACACAAGAGACUGGAAUCCUAAACCACUGGAUAUAUUUCUAGAAGAGCUAGCAGAAAACUGUGUUGGAUACUGUGGUGCAGAUAUUAAGUCAAUAUGUUCUGAAGCAGCAUUAUGUGCUCUACGUCGACGCUACCCACAAAUCUAUACCACUAGUGAGAAGCUGCAAUUGAAUCUCUCGUCGAUUAAUAUCUCAGCUAAGGAUUUUGAAGUAGCUAUGCAGAAGAUGAUUCCUGCCUCCCAGAGAGCUGUGACGUCCCCAGGGCAGGCACUGUCCACCAUUGUGAAGCCACUGCUGCAAAGCACUGUUCACAAGAUCUUGGAGGCUCUGCAGAGAGUAUUUCCACAUGCAGAAAUUGGAACAAAUAAAGCAUUAGACACAGAUAUUUCUUGUCCUCUGCUAGAAAGUGACUUGACAUAUAGUGAUGAUGACAUCCUAUCAUUGUAUGAAAAUGAUCUUUCUCAGAAAUCCUUUGAUAAGGCCAAAGAAAAUGUAAAUUUUCUUCAAUUGAAUAGAAAUGCUUGUCACCAACCAAUGUCUUUUCGACCAAGAAUUUUGAUAGUCGGUAAAGCAGGAUUUGGUCAAGGCUCUCACUUGGCACCAGCGGUCCUCCAUGCUUUAGAAAAAUUGACAGUGUACACACUAGACAUUCCUGUCCUUUUUGGAGUCAGUGCUACAUCUCCAGAGGAAACAUGCUCCCAGAUGAUUCGUGAAGCUAAGAGAACAGCACCGAGUAUAGUGUACAUCCCACAUAUUCACUUGUGGUGGGAAAUAGUUGGACCAACCCUCAAAGCCACAUUCACCACCUUAUUACAGAGUAUUCCUUCAUUUGCUCCUGUUUUACUACUUGCAACUUCGGACAAACCCCACUCUACUCUGCCAGAAGAGGUGCAAGAAUUAUUUAUCCAUGAGUAUGGAGAAAUUUUUAAUGUCCAGUUACCUGGUGUAGAAGAACGAACAAAAUUUUUUGAAGACUUGAUUCUGAAACAAGCUGCUAAGCCACCUGUAUCAAAAAAGAAAGCAGUUUUACAGGCCUUGGAGGUACUCCCAGUGGCACCAUCACCUGAGCCAAGGCCAUUGACAGAAGAAGAAGUGAAGCAUCUUGAAGAACAGGAAGAAGAUACAUUUAGAGAACUGAGGAUUUUCUUAAGGAACAUUACACAUAGGCUUGCUAUUGACAAGCGAUUCCGAGUAUUUACAAAGCCUGUUGACCCCGAUGAGGUUCCCGAUUAUGUCACUGUAAUAAAGCAGCCAAUGGACCUUUCAUCUGUAAUUAGUAAAAUUGAUCUGCACAAAUAUCUGACUGUGAAAGACUAUCUGAGUGACAUUGAUCUAAUCUGCAGCAAUGCUUUAGAAUACAACCCAGAUCGAGAUCCUGGAGAUCGUCUUAUUAGACAUAGAGCCUGUGCGUUAAGAGAUACUGCCUAUGCAAUAAUUAAAGAAGAACUAGAUGAAGACUUUGAAAAGCUUUGUGAAGAAAUUCAGGAAUCUAGAAAGAAGAGAGGAUGCAGCUCUUCGAAAUAUGCCCCGUCUUACUACCAUGUGAUGCCAAAGCAGAAUCUCACUCCCGCUGCUGAGAAGAAGCCAGAUCCUGAGCACAAUGAGAAGCUGAAGAUGCCCAGCCCUCCAGUGGCAUGCAGCACGCCUGCUCAACUGAAGAGAAGAAUUCGCAGAAAGUCUAAAUGGCACUUAGGCACCAUCCCCAAACGAAGGAAGAUUUCACAGUCAAAAGAUGAGAGCCAGAAUGCACUGGGUGACAAGAUUGGGAGUGAUACAGAAGAAAAUCAAGAUACCAGUGUGGACCACAAUGAGACAGGAAACACAGGCGAUUCUUCAAUGGAAGAAAACGAGAAGCCGCAAAAUGUCUCUGAACGCAAGAGCAAGCUGGGAAACCAUCUCACUAGUAAUUGUAGUAUUGAGCAUGAGCUGGAAGAAUCUCGGAAGAGUGGGACAUGUACAGAGUUGAGAAAAGAUAGCAUUGUUUGCAAUGGAGAGGUAUCUAGUGCUCAGAUGAUAGAUCAUUUAGAUGAAAAUGAAACUAAUGAAAUGUGUGUUUUGCGAAUGACUCGAGCUAGACGUUCCCAAGUAGAGCAACAGCAGCUCAUCAGUGUGGAAAAGGCCUUGGCGAUUCUGUCUCAGCCUACCCCCGUGCUUGUUGUGGACCACGAGCGAUUGAAAAAUCUUCUGAAGACUGUUGUUCAAAAAAGUCAAAAAUACAAUAUAUUUCAGUUGGAAAAUUUGUAUGCAGUAAUCAGCCAAUGUAUUUAUAAGCAUCGCAGGGACUAUGACAAAACAGCACUUAUUCAGAAAAUGGAGCAAGAAGUAAAAAACUUCAAUUGUACCAGAUCCUGAUGUGUCCAUGGUCUCUCAUAUUCUUCCCAUUUGAAUUGGGAAGAAUUCCUUUUUUAAUUUACUUUUGAUGAAAUCUUACAUUUUUGAGGAAGAUCAUAAAAUAAGAGUAUUUAAACUUUCCUGGUAUUAUUUAUGUACAUGUGUAAGAUAAGUUACAGAGGUAAUUGAUACAUAUUGGAAAUCAUACAAGUUAUUGUAGUAACAAUGCUGUCCUGUAUCAGUAGCUGAAGUGUGGCCAACUCAAUAAAGUUGUUUGUAAUAACUAAUGUUUGGUGACACUUAAGAGUAACUAGUCCUAUUAUGUUUUGUGUUAAGCACUUUUUACUUUUCCUCAAAGUUGCAUAUUGAAUCAGAGAUGAGGAGCUUACUUGACCAUUAUGUCUUUGGUUUUAUUCUUUAUUAUAUGUUGUUUGUUUUAGCUCUAAUGCCUUUCUCCCCUCUACAUUAUAUUUUCCCUUGUUCAUUCACUUAAGACUCGGUGUUCAAUUCAGGAUUUGUUGGAAGCCCGUGAACAACAUCCAGCUAUUCCACAAUUCUGUACUUUUUUAAAAAUUACUAAUCAUUUUAUUGGGGGGCUCUUACAGAUCUUAUA